ACAGGCGCCAACACAGCACUGACCACAGACAGGACCACACAAGCUUAAACAAUAUUUCUGGGGAAGCUUGUCCUUAAUUGUCUCGAGAUAAAUGUCUGUUGAGCUCCAACAUGCCAGUGAACCAGGCGGAAAUAAUGCAAGUCUUCAAGGCACCAUGCUGGGGGGCAGCAAACCUUUACACCGCUUCAUGCAGGGGCAACCCAAGAUUACUGGCAUCGUCGUGCUAAUCUUGGGCUCAUCUUUCUUCAUCUUUUGCACCUCGAUGAUGUUAGUCCACUAUAAUCAGAUUAGUCCCCUCCAGCCUGCCAUCGUGCUGGCAAUCCUGUACCUCGUGUGUGGGUCUCUGUAUAUUGUGACAGAGAACAAGCCGACCAAGAAAACUGUAACCAUGUCGUUGGCUCUGAGUAUUGUGAGCCUACUGGCGUCAUGUUGGAUUAUCUUUCUCUAUUUGCCCAACAUUAUUCACAACCUCCAGAGAGUCCACCUCGAUGAAGACAUUAUGGUUGCAACUGACAAUGAUAUAUUUCCAUCAGAAUAUGAGCAUCUAGAAAUGGCUUCAGAACAGAUCUUCCUGCUCUACACUGGCGUGGGUGGGAUAAUUUUCAUUGUAAUGUCAUUUCUGGCUGGGGCCGCCCUGCGUUCCACAAAGAGUAAGGCCGUUGUAGUGAUGACUGCUACACCUGCUGAACCAUCAGUUGAAUAGCGAGUACAAGAGGAAGGCCUGAAGUGAGAUACUGUCAACUGAGCAGAGAGAAGAAAUACGAAGCAUACAAGGACAGCAAGUAUCUCUCUUUGUGGGCACAACAGGAUGCAUCAUUCCCAAACACAGACUACCUCCCAUCAGCAUUUUUGGGUUGUUGUAUACAAUACAAUACAGAUCAUAUGUAUGUAUGCAUUGCCUUGUAACGUCUAUUACUACUGCCGGUCCCACGUGAGCACUGUAUUUCCCUCUUUUGAACACCAAGCUCAAUGGGAUGUUGGAGAUGAAUAUGAUAGGCAAUUAACUGCUACUUACUCUGCAGUCUGGCGUUGGCUGACCUGUCAGCACGUUGUGUUUGCACCACAGGACAAAGGUCUGAGUGAAACCAGUGUUCCUCUGAGAUAGUUUAAGAAAACUUGUAUAGGCUCAAAAAUAUUCAAAUUAAUCAAAGGCAGACUUAAACAGAGAUAAGCUGACAGGUGCUCUUGUUACAGUACCACAUUUUGAUAAUGCACCCUGUAGAAAGGGAUUAAAAGUUGUAACUAAUGAUUUUAUAAAUGGUUUUACUAAUACUUGAUUGAGCUGUUAUGCGCCAUUAAUAAGAGAAGUAUUUUUAGCUUUAGUUCAGCAGGAAAAAUCUAAUCGACAGUUUGAUUACAGACCUCAUCCGAUAUUUUUCAGUAAUUGUAAUAAAAGAAUCCUUAAUUAUUAACCAUUAAUUACAUAUUAACAUUUAUAACUCCAGAUGAGUUGCAAGCUCGUGCUUAUAUGAGUGAGAAAUCUUGAUUCUUUAAUCAUGCUUAAAUAUAUUUAGAGCCACAGGCAUGAGCAUUUAUUUUGGUUGGCAUUUAGAAGUGCAUUAUUACCAAAUGGAAACACACACAGCCAUGCUAAUCCCGAAACAUUUAACGAGAGUGUUUUUUUUAUUCUGACAACAGAGUGGGAACAUCUGAACAUGAAGAUGUAAUGUUAACAACUCCAACCAUAAACAUGUCACCUCCUGUAACCUGUUCUCUGCUUUUACUAUCUGAAGUGUCGAGCACAGAACCAUGUGAUCCUUUUCCACCUUACCGUCCCUUACAGAAGAAGUUUGGCAUAGACAAGACAAAACAUGCAGAGAUCCUCAUGGCUGCCCUUGGCACAUUUUUUUUUACCAUGUCAGCUCGUGUUUCAGCAGCAACACCCUUAAGUACAAACACUGUGACACCCAACGUACUGUCCCCACUUACAGAGGACAGCAUGUGAGAUGCAUCAUUAAUACUUUUGUGAUAUGAACAGAGCGAUGCUAUUCAAAUUAUGACAUGUCUGUACCCUUCCUAUGUAACUGUCACAUUACGUUUGCAAGAAGCAUGUUAGGUUACAUAUUGAUUUUGGAUCAAUUUACCAAAACAAAUAAAGAAA